AUGGGCAUGCUGGCGCAUGUCAUUGGCGUACCGGCAGUCGAUGCGCUGGUCUGCGGCACACCGGAUGUGCUCGCGGGGCUGGUUCAGCUCGGUGCGUCGACCAACGGGAGCAACGCCAGCACCGGAGGCGGGACCGGCGACGCAGGGGCACGGGCAGACGAUGUCGCUGAUGACGUCGCUGCUGCUGCGCUCCGAGUCCUUACGCUGGCGCUUGUCGGGUUUGGACCUCAACCUGGCAGCCUGCCGCCAGCCGGUCCCGCGGCGACCGAGGUCAAGCCCUCGCUCCUCACCAACGUGGCAAGCCUCUUCACUGACGCGGCAUCGAUGAUGUCGUCUAUGUUCGAGUCCAAGACUGCGGCGACGCUGCGGCCGACGCCGUCGCUGGGCUCGAUCGACGAUGACGUGAGCGGCACCGACUCUCGCCGCGUUCUUCCCAAGCACAUCCCGACCGCCGCACAGCUCGCGGACACGCAGCUCGAGUUUGACGAGCUGCAGCGACAGCAGGCGCGGGCGCCGCCAUCGGCGGCGGCUGCCGCGGACAUGCACCCGCUCAUGGCCCACGUUGCGGCCAUUGUGGCGACUGUCGAACAGGCCGCGUCGGUAGCGACCCGGACCGCCGGCCUUGUCCUUCUUGCUGCGCUCGGAGUCACGUCUCGGGCUGCAAGCCGCAUGGUGGCCUCAGCCGGAGCAGCAGUGGCCAUGGAGAGCGUGCUGGCGUCCGAGGCUCUGGCAGCGGCACCACCAGCUCUUGCCGCUCGCGCCUUUGACGCACUCUUUGUCCUCGUCCUCCAGGGCCGCAACUCAAGGCUGGUAGGCAACUUGUGGGCGCUCGAGGUGUUGGUCGAGGUUGGUGUGCGGGUGCAGAGCGGCGUGCGGCGGCCCGCAGCAACAAGCUGCGUCGUCAGCGCACUGCAAUGCUUACUCGACGUGCUAGUGGCAAACCCGUGCAACGCACUUAUGCUCCUCCUCUCGGGCGGCAUCGGGCGACUGGUCCUCGCCCUUGUCCAUCUUGAUGACGAUGCGGUGGGGCGGCUCGGGCCUUGCCUCCUCGCUCUCCUCGACUACAGCUCGCUCCUUCUCACCAACCACUCGUGUGUGGUUCUCUUUGAGUUCUCCAAGCUUCUUCUCUCGCAGCCGCCGCUGGCGCCCGAGUUGGUGGCCGAGCUGCUGGACUCGUUGGCAUCGGCGCUGAGCCUGCAUCUGGCCCAUCCGUCAGUAGCCUCCGAGUCGUACGUAGCGCUGGCAACCAACGUGUGCGCGCUGCUCACCCGGGAACCGUUUGUGGUGUCAGCCACCUCGGGUCCACGCUCCCUGCCACCGGCUGACCUCGGCCUGGGCGUCAUCAAGGUGCUGGUACUUCUCGCACGGCUCCCGUCAGAGCCGCUCUCACUCGCCAUGGUCCAGCCACACCUGCAAACGCUGCUGGUGCCGCGAUCGCGAUCGGCGUCGCCACCGCCUACCGAACUGAUUCACGGCCUUAUCUGGCUUCUCAAUACCCUCAUCACACUGCCGUCUGCUACACCGGACGCCGCAAAAGUCUACACGGCUCUGCUCUCUGCACCUGGGCUGAGCGCAGGCGUCGCUGCCGCGCUCCUGCACGGAAUCAACGCGCUGGUGUCAACGUCGGCAGACGCUGGACGAGCGAUGGCGGCGUCACGCGAGACGCUUAUGGUCCUGCUCUCUCUUCCACGGACGCUCGAGGCACCCGGAGCGCCACCGACGAUUGCGCUCGCCGUCGUUGACACGCUCUGCCGGCUGUGGGCUGGACGGGCAAGCCAAAGCGAGAUGGAGCAGCUGACACGGGUCCUGGUAGGCCUGGGCGAGCGCGGGAUGCGGACGCAGCUCCCGUUGCCUCUCUUCUACCGCCUGGUGGACAUGGCCGUGCGCCCGUCGGUGACGGCCGUUCUCAGCGAGCUGCAUCUGCUGCCAUCGACCACGACCACGGUCUCGUCGUCGUUGGGCGACUCGGUCCGCGCGCCCAAGCUGGCCGCGGUCAUGGCUGAGGUUGAUCGCAGCGAACCGACGUUGCCGCUGGCGCUCAGCUCGGCGCGGGCUUUGCUGACGGCACACGAUCUGGUGCGAGAGGCGCAACCGGUUGUGCAUGGCUCGGGCUCGAGCUCGGGACCGGCGUUUGCCAAGCCGAUUCACAAGUCUGCGUCGUCGCUCUCGAUUGCGUCGAUGUCGACUUCGCAUGGCCCGCAGCACCAUGCAGCGUACCAAGGUGACAUGCUGCUGCUACCAUCGCCGUCGCUGGGCAAUGCGCGGGCCAGCUCGGUGGCCUCGUUCCGGACCAUCACCUCGACGGAAGACCUCAUUGCGCUCUCUGUUGCCGCAUCCAAGACGGUGGGUGGCGAAGGCGGGGCGAUGUUGUCGGUCUCAUCGACAGGCUCGGUCUCGUCGAUCUCGACAACAGUCUCAAACACGUCAACAGCGCCAUCGGCAUCGCGGGCGUCGUCGCGGUCUGCGCGAUCGCGGAUCCGGUCGCGGGCGUCGUCAUCGUCACGGCGGUCGUCCGAGUCGGCGUCGCAGCGCAGGAGCAGCUCGGGAUCGCGGAUUCGCGGGCGGCGGGUUGUCUACCGUGGCGGGCUGGUAGAGCCGGGCCACGUUGUGGCGUCGCGGCCUGCAGCGCAGCUGACAGCGUCGUCGGCGUUCCACUCACCGCUGGCGACAGAAGCGCUGCGCGGGGUGCGCUUCCUGUCUGUGGCCGGGGCCAGCCUUGUGCUCGCGGCGCUGCCACUGCUGGACGAUCUCGAUCCGCUCUCGCCGCUGCUACUGGUGCAUGCGCUUGUGCAGGCGUCGCGCGGAAACGCGAUUGUGUUUGCGCGGGCCUCGGGCUACGCCACACUUCUCGACCUUGCGCUGACGCCCUCGAGCCAGCUGCUGCCGUCGACUCGGACCAUGUAUCUUGACCUUGCGCGGCUGGUUGGUGCGACGGCCAUCUGGCCGCAGCAACUGCAAAAGACGCUCGACGCUCUGGCGGGGCUUGGAGACGGGCUAUGGGGCAGCGAAAGCGAACUGGGCCUCGUGCUUGCGCGGCGCGAGCGCGACCGGUUACGCGAGGACAUUCUCCAUGCCCUUGCUGGAAUGGCGUACUCGGCACGACCGCGGACUGUGGUGCUGCUUGGAAGCGCCGCGCCCGGCGGACCGUACGGAGCUGGCAGCGACAGCGCGCUUUUCACCGAGCUCGAGGCUACGGCCCUUAACUCACCGUGGGCGAUCUCAUGCUGGGUCGCGCUCGAAGCGAGCACUUGGACCAGCGCUGACGGCGGAAGCGAGAGUGCAAUGGUGCUGCUUCGCGUGCAGAAUGAUCGCGAAGUGAUACUCGAGCUCGCCUUUGUGCCGUUGCUGAGCGGCCCGGCCCGACGGCAGCGGUCGUGCUCGCGCGACCGGGCGGCCAGCGGCGGAAGCAGCGGCGCCAUGGCCGAGUCGCGGACGGUCGACUCGGCGUCUGUCUCGUCGGGCUCGACACUGACAAACGACGGCUGUGUUGGGCCUGUGAGCAAAGCCGACGGCCGGAUGUAUAUGGUGCGAGUGACGGUGGGCGAGGCGCAGGUUGUGCUGCCUCACGCGCUUGUUGCCGGCAACUCGCAGUUCAAUGCUCUGGUGGUGAGCGUGAACGGGGCUGGGCGAACGCGGGUGUACAUCAACGGGGCGAGUGUAACAACCGAGGUCGAAGAGGCGGAGCUGGUUGCGCGCGAGGUGGCAAGCGGAGGUGCGGCACGGGUCGAGGUCGGCACCGACGGCGGCGGGUUUUCUGGCGCUGUCUCGGACGUGUACGUGGUGGGUGGGGCGGUCGGCGACGACGAGGUGCUGGCCUGGUACGAGCUCGGCGCAGGCGACCACGAGAUGGUGCGCGGCAAGCUGGUUGCGUCGCAAGCGGUGUCACUAGCUGGAAGCAGCGCGCACUCUCCUGGAUCUGCAGCGGGCUCACCGUCGGGCAAGAGCUCGGGCUCUGGCGGGCUCGGCUCGCCAGCGAAGCGGGCGGGCGCCAUCACGACGGCAGAGUUGAGGCUGCUGGCUGGCGUGCGCGGAGUGCGAGGCACCGAAGCGGUGGUAGACGAGCCGAGCCUCGCGUCGAGCAUCGAUGUGCUUGGCGGAAUGGUGGGCGUGCUUCCGGCGCUUGUGCGCGGGCCAGACGAGGUGCAGAUGCGCAAGGCACGCGACAAGGUCCUGUUUGCCUCGUUCCAGCUUCUCGGGCUGUGUGUGGCGGUGGGCUCGGCGCGAAGUGCAGGCGGAAGCCUGGGACGACAGCUUCACGACGACCUUGCGGGCGCCGAGCUAGUGCGCUACCUUUUGCCGGGAUCCGAGUUUGAGGAGAGCUCCGACAUUCCGUUUGCACUGGUGUACCCGCUUGUGUCCGGGCUUGCGGGAGCUGAGAUUUCUACCGGGGCCGGUGUGCAACUCGCGGUGUUGCGCGCGGGGUAUGUGGCGACGCUGCUGGACGUGCUUGGCCGAAGCGGGAGUGAACGCGUGCCACGGCGGGUGGUGCACGGCCUGGUGGACGUGAUAGUGGCGGAAGCGGGCAACGUAGAGGCGCUCCUCGCGCUUCCACACGCGCUGCCGCGGAUGCUCCGCAUCGGACUUGUGUUUCCGAAGCUUGCGCACAUUGUGGUGCGGCUGAUGCGAAGUGUGGUGGGCUGGCUCUCGUGCGGACAGCUCGAGGCAUUGUUUGAGUUUAUGAUGGACGAGCGCGAGUCGAGCGAGGAAGUGGCGCCUGUGCGUGUGGAGCUCUUUCUUAUGGUUGUGCAGGAGGUUGCGGUGGUGUCACCGCUGCUGGAGCAGGUGUUCGGCCUAGGGCGGCGGCUCUUUGAGUUUGUGGCCGUGGCUGUGGGCUCUCACAGCGCGCGUAUGCGACAGGCAGCCCUCUCGCUGCUCUCGCUGCUCCUGCAGUAUCGGCCGAAGACAAGCUUGCAGGCGGUGGAGGCGCUUGCGCUGCCGCGACUGGUGGGCGAGGCGUUGUGCGGGUUCGAGAUGGACAAGCCCGGAGUAAGCGCGCUGGAGAGCUUGAUUGUCAACGGAGCGGAGUUUCACGCGCGCGAGACGCGGCGCGGGAGCGUGAGCGGGCGUGAGCGCGGGAGGUCCGGACCGCCGAUGCUAUUCUCGCCGUCGUUUGUGCUGAUGGCGUCAGGCGGGGCCGGGCUCGAGGCUCUGGGUGACGAAGGCUCUGACUCGAUCAUGCUAGGCGAGGAGGCCGGAGAUGUGAGUGACGAUGGCGACGAGAAUGGCUGUGGCGACGGUGACGGCGGUGAGGAGCGCGACGAGGCCGGGACGAGCGGGCUGGCCGGACCGACCGAGUUUGGCUCACGUGGGGCAGCCAAGUGGUUUUCGGCGUUCCGCGCCGCAAUGGUUGACGGCACCGGAGGCAAGGGCGCGCUGUCUCGCGGCGAGCUCGUUCGGCACGUCGCGUUUGUGCAGAGCCUCCUGCUUGUGUUGGGCGAGGGCGGCGAGAGGGUGGGCGACGACGUGGCGUCAUUUAUCUUUGCGCGGCUGGAGCGACUGUUCUCGCGCGAGGCAAACCUGGUGCAGCUGUGGGAUGUGCCGUGGCUGGAGUGGUGCCGGGAGCUGCUGUGUGGUAGAGACGGCGACGGGAUUGCGGCGGAGCCGCGUGUUGUGGUUGGCUUUCUCCCUGUUCUUCAGCGGACGCUGCUCUUUGACCUGGGGAGCAAGCGGCCUGUGCUCCUCGGCAAGCUGCUCGGGAUGACGGACGCGCCUCAGUUUGUACUCCUUGUUGGCGAAGCGCUGCUUGACGUUGUGGCGGCGUACCCGAUCCUUGCAAGUGGCGGCGGACGCGGUGCGCAUCCGCGCGGCUCGCUGCUGCGGUUUCUCGAGGAGCGGUCUGCCGAGGGCGUGGGCAACUUUGAGGUCGCGUCGUUUGUCAAGGGUCUUGUGGUGCUCUUCUCGGGCUUGCAGAGCGUGCCUGGCUUUUCGCCCAACUUGUGCGAGCGGAUCAUCAACACGAUCCACGCGCUGACAUGGCGCGCGACACCCGAAGUGCGGACGCUGAUUCGGAACGUGGGCUUGUUGCAGGUGCACAACGCCAUGGUGCUCUCGUCGUUCUUUGUCAAUUUCAACUUUGAGACGAUUGCGGCGCAGCCGCUAUUCCGCGAUUCUGGCGGGCUCGUCCUCCUUCUCCGGCUGUUUCUGCAUGCGGCCGAGCUGCCCGGGGUGCAGGCGCGGAUCUUUGAGAUUUUGCGCGAUGUGUUUGCGCCUGUGGCGGAGAACGCCAAGGUGUUGCGGCGGAUCAUUCGCGAUCCGCAUGUGGAGAACUACUUUGCACGACUGCCUGGGGUGCUCGCUGUGGAUCCUGACGAGAUGGAUGAGUACGACCCGUUGUACGACACCGGCGAGUUUCUGCGGUGGUUCAACUCUGCUGAGCUGGUCGAGACGCGGACGGCGAUCGAGGUGCGGCUCACGGCUGCGCUAAGACCAAUCGACGCGGCGCGAAAUAAGGCUGCAGCCAAGGCUGAGAGCAAGCGGUCCAAGCGGCGGCGAGCGGCGGUAGCCGCCGCCGAGAAGAGCGGCGAAGGUGCACGGGCGGAAGGUGCACGGGCGGCGGUGGCCAAGAUGAGGGCGCGCAUUGUGCGGCACGAGAGCGAACGAUUUGCGGCGUUGGCAGCGACACGGCGCGAGGCUUGGCUCGCCGGGCGGGCUAUGUGGCGCGGGACAGUGCUGGCGCCAUACAGCGAAGCACGGGCGCUGUCGACCGGUCGCAACAAUGAGGCUGCGCCAAUAGCGGCUGUUGACGGCGAUGGGCUCGGACGGCGGCGUGAGCGGCGCCUGGCUGCGCAAUCGCUGGCGAUGCCGGGCACUGGCGGCGGUGAUCGGGCCAAGAGCAAGGCCAAAGCCAAAGCCAAGCACAAGAGCAAGGGCAGGGGCAAGAGCAAGGCCAAGGCCAAGGGUAAGGGCAAGAGCAAGAGCAAGAGCAAGAGCAAGGCCAAGAGCAAGGACAAGAGCAAGGGUAUCCGUGAUGCAGUCGCAGGUACGCCACAGCUGACCGCAGUGCCCGAUGUUGUGCUCUUCCGGCCCGAGUCGACGGAGUUCUCCUCGUUUUCGUUUUCAUCCGAUGGAUAGAGAUGGCCAAUGUAUGGAGAGAUGGUGA